GUAUAACAAUUCUAAUAUGUAUAAUGUAUGUAAUGAGCAUAAUCGUUAUUACUCAUUGAAAGAGGAAUUCUACUAGUUUAUUUUAAACUAUUUUAAACCACAAGUUUAUUUAAGAUAUCAGAACUUCAUUUUUAAUGCGAUUUUUUUUUAUCAAAUAUUCAAAUAAAAAAAAAGAAGAACGAAAACAUAUACGAACUUUUAUUGUACCAGAUUUUUUUCUGCUGUGGGAGAGAUUCAACAUUAUUACAACCAUAGAUAUUAUUAUUUUGGGGGAAUAUAAAUUGCGCUCAGACAUAACACCUUCCUUCAUAGAAGAAGAAGAAUCUUUAAAAUUAUGGAAAAAAUAGAAAAUUUCAUGUUAUGAUGGCUUUUAUCAAGAAUAAAUUUUUGAAGAAUAUUAAAUUAAUUUUUUUUACAAAAUAAUAUAAAAACAUUUUUAGUGAGACAAAGAAAAAAUAAAAUAAAUAAAAAUUUUAACAAGUGAUUUUUUAAUAGAAAGAAGAGUAAGAAAAACAAAAAAAAUAAAAACUAUUUUUCAAAAUAAAGUUGAAAAAUUAAGGAAGUUUUUUCUAUUUUUUUAUAAAUUUUUAAUCGAAUAUAAAAGAAAAUUUUUUGAAGAGUAUUAAAAUAAUAAAAAUGUUGUUGAUUUAAGUGAAAAGUUUUCAAAUGAACGAAAAAUUAUAAAAAUAAUAAAAAAAAAAAGUGAAAAUGAAAAAAUCGCUAACACAAAAAGGAUUCGAACAUUUUAACAAAAAGAGAAAAAAUGAAUGAAUAAAAUUUUUGUGGUUAUUAAAAAAACAAAACAAAUUGAAAAUUCAAAGAAUAAAUAAAUUAGCCGCAAAACGUUUAUCCUUUUUAUAAAAAAAGAAAAGAAUUUACAAGUGCUUAUUCAGAAAAAAAAUAAAAAAACCAAAAUUACAAACGAAAUAAAAAAAGGCUUUGUUCUAACACACAAAUCUUUUCAUUUUCCUUUAUUUUUUCACGUUUUAAUCAAAAAGAAAUUAUUUUCAUUUCUUUCAACAAGGAUUUUAUUCCUUUUUCUAUAUUUAGAAAUUAUUUUCCUCAUUUUUGCUUAACAAUUAUUGCAUUAAAUGCACAGACUUUUUAUUUCUAUACUUGAAUUCGGACUAUUAAAUUGAAAUGCAAUUGCUGCCUGAAAAUUAUUUGAAAAUUUUAAAUAUUUUCUAAAGGAACUUUAGUAUAAAAAAUAUGAAAUUUGACUAAAUCAUUUACUAAUAUUUUCAAAAUAAAAUAAAAAUAUUGUAAUCAUUGAAGAUAAUUUUGAUAAUUUAAAAAUUUUAAAUGUUUAUAAAUAAAACAAAAAGCAAGUGAACUCAGAAUUUAAAGCUUUAACUUUGUGUAAAAUUUAUUAAAUAAAAAAAACAGGACAAAUUAAAUUAAUGUUCCAUAUUUUUAUAAAAAAAAAAUACCUUGCAAAACAUUUACUAACAAAAAAUUAAAUUAAAUUACCAACUAAUUUGAAGGACACACAAAUAGAACAACAAACAUUUCAAAGGAAACAAAAUAAUUAAAUAUUUUUUCUUGAAAACAAAAAUUUUUGAAGAAAUUAGGAAUAAUGAUUGAAAUAGAAACAAAUAUUCCAAGUUCAAAACUGAAAGCAAAACCUGAUACUAAUACAGGAAUCAAUAAAGAUCAACAUCGUAUAAGAAAUUAUAAAAAUUUAAAAUCUAAAAAUAUUUUAAAAUUAUCAUCACUACCAUCAUCAACAUCACCAUUGAAAACGUUAACAUCAUUAAAGAAUUUGACAACAUCAACGUUACCAUUAUCAACAGAAUCUAAAAAACGUACAGAAAUAAUAUCUUCAACAUCGUCGUUCUUAACGUCUCCGUCGUCUUCAUUAUUAUUAUCAAAAUCAAAUAGAAAUUUUUAUAAAAAUUCUACAACCAAAAAUUCUUGCUGUCUAACUAAAGAAUCAAUAAAAUCAACAGAUUCAAUAAUAGUAACAUCAUCACAAAAAGGAUUUUCUUAUUCUAGUAAUAAAAAUUGUGUCAAUAAUCGACAAAAAUUAAGAAAAAAAUAUAAAAAAAAUUCAACAACAACAUCAACAAUGACAAAUAUAUUGUCAACUUCAUCAUUUAAUUCAAUUGAAUCAUCACAAUUACAAUCAAAAUCAAUAAUAUUGGAUCCAUUGAUAACGAUGCCGUCAUCAUCAGAAAUUCUAUUAUCAUCAUCUACUACUACAGUAUCAUCUUCACCAAUAUUACCAUUAUUAUCUAUUACAAAAUUACAAUCAACAUAUAAUAAUAAUAAUAAUUGUGAUGAAGACGAUGAUGGUAAUAGCAAAAUAACGCCUUUAAUAGAAAAUUUUUCUGCUACAACUUCUAUAACAAAACCAAUAACAAUACCAUCAAUAAAUGAUGAAAAUUUCAUUUCAAAUAAUAAAUUUUCUUUAGUAAGUGAAGCAGAAAAAGCAGAAAAUAUAAUUUUUUCACCAAUGUCCUUAGAAAUACAUGAAUCUAUAAAAAAUUCUGAUUUAAUAAAUAAGAAUUCUAAACAGCUAUCAAUGUACCAAUACCAUAAAAAUUAUUAUAAUAAUAAUAAUUCUUUAAAAUAUAAUGGUAACCUAGAUAAUAAUAAUAUUGUAAAAACUAGUUAUAUAAAAAAUGAUAAAGAAAAUAUUUUAGUUCAAAAUUCUUCUUCAUCUUCUUCUACAGUAAUAGCUAAUAAUAAUAAUAAUAAAAAUAUCGAUAGGAAUUCAAAUUUUAUAAAUACCACCAAUGAUUUAAAAUAUAAUAAUAAUGAAAAUAUAAGUAAUGUAGAAAAUAAAAAUAUAAAAAAUGUAAACAGUAUGUUACCAAUGGUAACAACAACAACAACAACAACCAUUAAAGAACCAAAUAAUAUUUUACCUGUACUGACGGAAACAUUACCGCAUUUUAGAAUUUUAUCAAAUAAUAAUAAUAAUAAUAAUUAUAUUGAAAAUGAAAAUUCAAGUAUGGCAGCCAAUAAUAAUAAUAAGAAUAAGAAUAAUUCACGUAAUAUUAAAGAAAAUUCAAAAAAUUUCAAAUUAAAAGAAUCUUUAAAUAAAUAUUCAAUAUUAAAAAAUUUAACAUCAUUAGGAUUUUUAUCAUCAUUUUUAUCAUCAAUAUCUUUAAUAUUACCUUCAGCAGCAGUAACAUUACAAACAACAUCACCAAUAUCAAAAUCAAUAGGAUCAUUACCAACAAAAUUACAUCAAAAAACCUCAAUAAAACGUCAACAACAAAAAUCUUCAACAAAAAGUUACUUUUCAUUUGAAUUCUUAGUUGCUGCAUAUAUUGUCGCCAUAGUUCUUAUAUUGACAAUUGGAAGCCAAAGAGUUGGUAAGUGAAAAAAUAUUGCUUAAAGGAAACCAAAAUAUAUUUUAUAAGCAUAAAAAUAAUGAAGGUAAAUUUGAAAUUUAAAGAUGUUAAAAGAGUAAUAUAUUUCACAUUAAGUAAAUUAUUAACAUAAAUUAAAAAUUU